AAGCGGAGGGAGGGAGGCCCGAGGCAGCGCGGCGGCGGUGGUGGCGGCGGCGGCGGCGGCGGCGAAGGCGGCGAAGGCCAGCUUCCGCGGAGUUUGUGCCCGGGCUUCCCAGCUGGGCUCCGGCCGCCUCACGCGCACAAAUGGGGUUAGGGGACUGAGUGGGUCGGCGUGGCGAAGGACAGCUAGUGUCAGAGGAAAAGUAGACACUAGUCCAACUACGGCCGCCCGCCCCCACUAAUACUUCGGUAAGGGGGACACCACUAAGGGGAUGCUGGGGGAGUGGCCACAGCAGAUCCUAUCUGGUGGUGAGUGGCUGUCAUGAUCUCUACAGCACCGCUCUACAGCGGCGUGCACAACUGGACCAGUUCUGACCGGAUUCGCAUGUGUGGCAUCAACGAGGAGAGAAGAGCACCUCUUUCUGAUGAGGAGUCCACGACAGGUGACUGCCAGCACUUUGGAUCUCAGGAGUUUUGUGUCAGCAGCAGUUUUUCCAAGGUGGAGCUCACAGCAGUUGGAAGUGGCAGCAAUGCCCGGGGGACAAACCCAGAUGGCAAUACCACAGAAAAACUUGGGCACAGGUCAGAAGAUCAGCCUGAUGAUCCGCAGCCAAAACUGGACUAUGUUGGGAAUACAGCAGAGGCUGAGGGCCUCCUGGUGCCACUGAGCAGCCCGGGAGACGGGCUCAGGCUGCCCACUCCUGACAGCACUGAGGCCAGCCACAGCAGGGCCAACUGCUCCUGGACUCCCCUAAGCACUCAAAUGAGCAAACAGGUUGACUGCUCGCCAGCCGGGGUAAAGGCUUUGGACUCUCGGCAUAGUGUUGGGGAGAAGAAUACUUUCAUUUUGGCAACUCUGGGAACUGGAGUCCCCGUGGAGGGUACCCUGCCUCUAGUUACCACUAACUUCAGUCAGCUGCCGGCACCUAUCUGUCCUCCUGCCCCUGGGUCGGCCUCUGGGACUCCCUCGGUUCCCGAUCCAUUCCAAGUUCCCCUUUCUGUCCCAGCUCCAGUGCCCCACUCAGGACUAGUUCCAGUCCAAGUUGCCACAUCGGCUUCAGCUCCUUCCCCUCCUCUAGCGCCAGUGCCCUCUCUAGCCCCAGCAGCACCCUCGGUGCCUACUCUCAUCUCUGACUCAAACCCUCUCUCCGUGUCAGCCUCUGUCUUGGUGCCUGUGCCAGUGUCUGCUCCCCACUCAGUCCCUGUGCCCUUGUCGGCUCCUACUCCGACCCCUCUCACAGUCUCUGUGUCCGCACCUCCCUUGGCUCUGAUCCAGGCUCCUGUGCCUCCUUCGGCUCCCACCUUGGUCCUUGCUUCUGUCCCAACUCCGGUUCUAGCUCCCAUGCCAGCAUCCACACCUCCAGCAGCGCCUGCCCCUCCAUCUGUACCAAUGCCCACUCCGACCCCAUCCUCUGGCCCAUCCUCUACCCCCACCCUUAUUCCUGCCUUUGCUCCUACACCGGUGCCUGCGCCCACCCCAGCCCCAAUCUUUACUCCAGCCCCCACGCCCAUGCCGGCUGCCACACCAGCUGCCAUCCCCACCUCAGCACCCAUUCCAGCCUCCUUCAGUUUGAGUCGAGUGUGUUUUCCUGCAGCUCAGGCACCAGCUAUGCAAAAAGUCCCCCUGUCUUUUCAACCAGGGACAGUGCUGACCCCUAACCAGCCGCUGGUAUACAUCCCACCUCCGAGUUGUGGCCAGCCGCUCAGUGUGGCUACACUGCCAACCACUCUGGGAGUCUCUUCCACGCUCACACUACCGGUCCUGCCGUCUUACCUGCAGGACAGGUGUCUCCCAGGUGUGCUGGCCUCUCCAGAGCUCCGCUCUUACCCAUAUGCAUUUUCUGUGGCCCGGCCUUUGGCUUCCGAUUCCAAGUUGGUGUCUUUAGAGGUGAACAGGCUGUCCUGUACUUCACCGUCCAGCAGCACUAACAGCCAGCCCGCUCCUGAUGGGGUCCCUGGACCUUUGGCAGAUACGUCCCUCACCACUGCUUCUGCCAAGGUGCUUCCAACUUCACAGCCUUUGCUGCCAGCCCCCAGUGGGAGCUCAGUCCCACCACACCCUUCCAAGAUGCCAGGUGGCCCCGAUCAACAAACAGAAGGGACUUCGGUCACCUUCUCUCCUCUCAAGUCACCUCCACAGCUGGAGAGAGAGAUGGCCUCUCCACCCGAGUGCAGUGAGAUGCCUCUUGACCUCUCUUCCAAGUCCAACCGCCAGAAGCUUCCAUUGCCGAACCAGCGUAAAACACCUCCCAUGCCUGUGUUGACCCCUGUGCACACCAGCAGCAAGGCCCUCCUUUCCACGGUCCUGUCUAGGUCUCAGCGCACAACCCAGGCUGCCGGCAGCAGCGUUACUUCCUGCCUCGGCUCCACCUCUUCGCCUUUUGUUAUCUUUCCUGAGAUGGUGAGGAAUGGAGACCCAAGCACCUGGGUAAAAAACUCAACUGCUCUGAUCAGCACCAUUCCUGGCACAUAUGUGGGAGUGGCCAACCCAGUGCCUGCAUCCCUGCUGUUGAACAAGGACCCUAACCUGGGCCUUAAUAGAGAUCCUCGUCAUCUCCCCAAGCAGGAGCCCAUCUCCAUCAUUGAUCAAGGAGAGCCUAAGAGCACUGGUGCCACUUGUGGCAAGAAAGGCAGCCAGGCUGGUGCCGAGGGACAGCCAAGCACAGUCAAAUCCCGUUAUACCCCAGCCCGCAUUGCCCCUGGGUUACCAGGGUGCCAAACCAAGGAACUGUCUCUAUGGAAGCCUACAGCGCUGACAAAUAUGUACCCACGGUGUUCCAUCAAUGGGAAGCCCACUAGCACCCAGGUUCUGCCUGUUGGCUGGUCACCAUACCACCAAGCAUCUCUGCUUUCUAUUGGCAUUUCUAGUGCCGGGCAACUAACCCCUAGUCAGGGGGUGCCUAUCAGACCCACCAGCAUUGUUUCUGAGUUUUCUGGUGUGUCACCUCUUGGUUCCAGUGAAACUGUUCAUGGACUUCCUGAGGGGCAGCCACGGCCUGGGGGUCCCUUUGCUCCAGAGCAGGAUACUGUCACAAAGAACAAAAAUUGCCGAACUGCUGCCAAGCCUUAUGAAGAACAAGUCAAUCCUGUCCUCUUGACACUCAGCCCUCAGUCGGGGACCCUGGCACUGUCUGUUCAGCCUAGCAGUGGGGACAUUGGAGUAAGUCAGGGAUCCGAGGAAUCUGAGAGCCACCUCUGCUCUGAUAGUACUCCUAAGAUGGAAGGCCCCCAGGCAGCCUGUGGCCUGAAGCUGGCCGGAGACACAAAGCCUAAAAACCAAGUGCUGGCUACCUAUAUGUCCCACGAGCUGGUCCUGGCCAACCCCCAGAACUUGUGCAAGAUGCCUGAGCUGCCUUUGCUACCUCAUGACAGCCACUCUAAGGAACUCAUCUUAGACGUGGUCCCCAGCAUCGAGAGGGGCCCCAGCACAGACCUUUCACAGCUUGGAAGUCAGGUGGAUCUGGGGCGGGUGAAAAUGGAGAAAGCGGAUGGCGAUGUGGUCUUCAAUUUAGCCAACUGCUUCCGAGCUGAUGGUCUUCCAGCAGUCCCUCAGAGAGGCCAGGCUGAAGCUCGGGCUAACGCUGGGCAAGCUCGAGUGAAACGGGAAAGCGUUGGGGUCUUUACUUGCAAGAACAGUUGGCAACCAGAUGAAGAGACAGACUCUCUGCUACCCAAGAAGGUCAAGUGUAACAAAGAAAAAGAAAUUGAGGAAGAACCAGAGCAGCAGCCGCUGCCGCCGCCACCACAGCCCCACGAUAAGCCCAUGGGCCGGAGUUCCUUGGGAUCCAAGUGCCGGAAGCUGCCUGGAGACCCCCAGGAACCCACCAAGAAAAGCCCCAGAGGGGCUUUGGAUUCAGUAAAAGAGCACAAUGGAGUGAGGGGAAAGCACAAGUACCGGAAGCCAACAAAGCCGGAGUCCCAGCCUCCAGGCAAACGAGCCGAUGGGCAUGAGGAAGGUUCCUUGGAAAAGAAAGCAAAGAGCAGUUUCCGUGACUUUAUCCCUGUGGUUCUGAGCACUCGGACACGCAGUCAGUCUGGAAGCAUCUGCAGCUCCUUUGCUGGGAUGGCGGACAGUGACAUGGGAAGCCAAGAGGUUUUCCCUACAGAGGAAGAAGAUGAGGUGGCUCCUACCCCAGCGAAGAGGAGAAAAGUCAGAAAGACCCAAAGGGAUACCCAGUACCGCAGCCAUCAUGCCCAGGACAAGACUCUGCUGAGCCAAGGCCGCAGGCAUCUGUGGCGAGCCCGAGAGAUGCCCUGGAGGACAGAGGCUGCUCGGCAAAUGUGGGACACCAAUGAAGAGGAGGAUGAUGAUGAGGAAGAGGGCCUCAUGAAGAGAAAGAAACGGAGACGGCAGAAGAGCCGAAAAUACCAGACUGGGGAGUACCUGACGGAACAAGAAGAGCAGAGGCGGAAAGGGAGAGCAGAUUCAAAGGCCCGUAAGCAGAAGACUUCCUCCCAGAGUUCAGAGCACUGCCUCAGGAACAGGAACCUUCUCUUGUCCAGCAAAGCCCAGGGGAUCUCGGACUCACCAAAUGGUUUCCUUCCAAGUAGCCUGGAGGAGCCAGCCUGCCUUGAAAACUCAGAAAAGCCGUCAGGAAAACGAAAGUGCAAGACCAAGCACAUGGCAAACGUCUCAGAAGAGGCAAGGAGCAAAGGUCGUUGGAGCCAACAGAAAACACGAUCUUCUAAAUCUCCCACUCCUGUGAAGCCCACAGAACCAUCUACACCCUCUAAGUACCGAAGUGCUGGUCCAGAAGAGGCCUCAGAGUCACCCACUGCCCGGCAGAUUCCCCCAGAAGCACGGAGACUUAUAGUGAAUAAAAAUGCCGGGGAGACCCUCCUGCAGCGAGCAGCUCGGCUGGGUUAUAAGGACGUUGUUCUCUACUGCCUCCAAAAGCACAGUGAGGAUGUGAAUCACCGUGACAACGCAGGCUACACAGCCUUGCAUGAAGCCUGUUCCCGGGGCUGGACUGAUAUCCUGAACAUCCUAUUGCAACAUGGGGCUAAUGUGAACUGCAGCUCGCAGGAUGGCACAAGGCCAGUUCAUGAUGCGGUGGUCAAUGACAACUUGGAAACCAUCUGGCUCUUGCUAUCCUAUGGAGCUGAUCCCACACUGGCUACCUACUCGGGUCAGACAGCCAUGAAGCUGGCCAGCAGUGAUAACAUGAAACGCUUCCUCAGUGAUCACCUCUCGGAUCUUCAGGGCAGGGCAGAGGGUGAUCCUCGUGCGUCCUGGGAUUUUUACAGCAGUUCUGUGUUGGAGAAAAAAGACGGGUUUGCCUGUGACCUCCUCCAUAACCCUCCCGGGAGUGCCGAGCAAGGAGAUGAUUCAGAGCAAGAUGACUUCAUGUUCGAACUCUCAGACAAGCCUCUUCUCCCUUGUUACAACCUCCAAGUGUCAGUGUCCCGUGGACCCUGCAACUGGUUCCUCUUCAGUGAUGUCCUGAAGAGGCUGAAGCUUUCCUCCAGAAUCUUCCAGGCCCGCUUCCCACACCUUGAAAUCACCACCCUGCCCAAGGCUGAGUUCUACAGGCAGGUGGCCUCCAGUCAGCUGCUGAGCCCUGCUGAGAGGCCUGGGAGCUUGGAGGACAGAGCUCCCCCAGGCUCUUCUGAGACUGUGGAGCUGGUGCAGUAUGAGCCAGAGCUGCUGCGGCUCCUAGGGUCUGAGGUGGAAUACCAGGCUUGGAGCAGUUGACGGAAAGAGCCCCACCUCCCCGUUCUUCUUUCUCCUUCGAGUUCACCCUUCCCCCACUGCUCAUGUCUCCCCCACCGAGCACCAGAC